AUGCCUGAGGCACCAAAGAUCGCAGCUUUGGAGGUCUCUGAUGAGAGUCUCACGGAGCAGAACACGAACAAGCUCCGAUUCAUCGAGGAAGUGACAACGAACGCCGACGAUGUUCAGAGACGAGUUCUUGAGGAGAUCCUUUCACGCAAUGCUGACGUGGAGUACCUCAAACGACACGGCCUCCAAGGACGAACCGACCGCGACACUUUCAAACACACCAUGCCUGUCGUUACCUACGAAGACAUUCAGCCCGAGAUCAACAGAAUCGCUAAUGGCGAUACUUCUCAAAUCCUCUGCUCUAACCCCAUCUCUGAGUUCCUCACAAGUUCUGGAACUUCUGGUGGAGAGAGGAAGCUGAUGCCAACAAUAGAGGAGGAGCUAGACAGAAGAUCACUUCUGUACAGUCUGUUGAUGCCGGUGAUGAACCAGUUUGUUCCUGGUCUUGACAAAGGCAAAGGAAUGUACUUUCUCUUCAUCAAAUCCGAAUCCAAGACACCAGGUGGUCUCCCUGCUCGUCCUGUCUUAACCAGCUACUACAAAUCCUCUCACUUCAAAAAGAGACCUUAUGAUCCUUACACCAACUACACUAGCCCCAACCAAACCAUCCUUUGCCCUGACUCUUACCAGAGCAUGUACUCUCAGAUGCUCUGUGGUUUGUGCCAGCACAAAGAGGUUCUUCGUGUUGGCGCUGUCUUUGCCUCUGGUUUCAUCAGAGCCAUCAAGUUUCUUGAGAAGCAUUGGCCUGAGCUGGUCCGUGAUAUCAGAACCGGUACACUCAGUUCCGAGAUAACCGAUCUUUCCGUUCGUGAGGCGGUCGAGGAGAUUCUUAAACCGGACCCAAAGCUUGCCGAUUUUGUUGAAUCGGAAUGCGAGAAGACUUCUUGGCAAGGGAUCAUCACUAGACUUUGGCCAAACACAAAGUAUGUGGAUGUGAUUGUGACCGGGACAAUGUCACAGUACAUUCCGACUUUGGAUUAUUACAGCAACGGUUUGCCUCUUGUCUGCACAAUGUAUGCCUCUUCAGAGUGUUACUUCGGUGUGAAUCUCAAGCCGCUUUGCAAACCAAGUGAGGUCUCUUACACUCUCAUACCAACCAUGGCGUAUUUCGAGUUCUUGCCUGUUCAUAGGAACAGUGGAGUCACUAGCUCAAUCAGUCUUCCGAAAGCACUCACUGAGAAAGAACAACAAGAGCUUGUUGAUCUUGUUGAUGUCAAGCUUGGUCAGGAGUAUGAGCUUGUAGUAACCACCUAUGCCGGACUUUACAGAUACAGAGUAGGUGAUGUCCUGAGAGUGGCUGGUUUCAAGAACAAGGCGCCUCAGUUCAGCUUCAUAUGCCGCAAGAACGUGGUCCUGAGCAUUGAUUCAGACAAAACCGACGAGGUCGAGCUUCAAAACUCGGUUAAAAACGCGGUGACGCACCUUGUUCCGUUUGAUGCCACACUCUCCGAGUACACUAGCUAUGCGGACACAUCAUCUAUCCCCGGCCACUAUGUCUUGUUCUGGGAGCUCUGCUUGAACGGUAACACGCCGGUUCCUCCCUCGGUCUUCGAGGAUUGCUGUUUGACCAUUGAGGAGUCACUUAACACUGUGUAUAGACAAGGAAGGGUCAGUGACAAGUCCAUUGGACCGUUGGAGAUCAAGAUAGUCGAGUCAGGGACUUUUGAUAAGCUCAUGGAUUAUGCUAUAAGCUUAGGGGCAUCGAUUAAUCAGUACAAGACGCCGAGGUGUGUGAAGUUUGCUCCGAUCAUUGAGCUUCUAAACUCUAGGGUUGUUGAGAGUUACUUCAGCCCCAAGUGUCCAAAAUGGGUCCCUGGUCACAAGCAAUGGGGAAGUAACUAA